UAAGUAAAUGGGAAAGGCGUGGCUUGUAUGCACUGUACAGCGGCUCUUUGGGCGUUGUUCUAUUUGUGUUUUUUUCCUUUAAUUUUUUUGUAUUUUUCAACUGAGUAUGGGUAAUAGAACAAUGGCACAAAUUGUAUUCCUGCUGUUGCUUGUAUGUUGCGUUGAACAAGGUCUUUCUAUAAAAUGCUGGGACUGCAGAUCUGAUUCCGAUCCGAAAUGUGCAGAUCCUUUUGAUAAUUCUACUGUACCUAUUAAAGACUGUAGUCAAGAACCAUCCCCAGAACAUCUAACGGGCGUAAAGUCAACACUAUGUCGAAAGAUUCGUCAAAAAGUAAAUGGGGAAUGGCGAUACUUCCGCAGCUGUGCUUUUUUGGGCGAACCAGGGAUCGCAGGUGACGAAAGAUUUUGUUUAAUGAGAACGGGUACUUACAAUAUCUUUAUGGAAUACUGUACAUGUAAUAGCAAAGAUGGCUGUAAUUCUGCAUCUUCGCUCUCGAAUUGGCUCGUCUUCCCUUUGCUAUUGCUUAUUGCUGCAUUUGGAUUUCUUUCAUUUUAAGGAUAUACAUAUUGUUAAAUUUCUCAUUUUGAAAAUCAAAAUCACGCUCUCAUUAGGCUUAAAUUAGAAGAAAAUGAGCUCAUGGAGUAAAUUUUAUAAAAUUCUGUGGUAAAGCAGCGAGUACCAAUUUUUAUCGUGCACAUAUCCUCUGAGCCUGUACUUCAUCUUUGAACAUUUUUUUAAACAUUGUUACCUAUACUGAAUACUACAAAUACCAAAAUGUAAAAAAUGUUUUUAAAGCGUGCUUAGACAUACAACUAGAAAAUAUUUUCAAUUUUAAUUAAUGCCAAUUGAUGAUGGAGUCUAAAAUACCGAACUUUCUCUCAUUUAUCUUUUUUGCAAAAUAUUUUUAUAAUUUUUAGUUUCUGCAUUAUAUUUUGCAGAAGAUUUAAAACUAAUAUGAAGAAAGAAGAGCUUCUAAUACUAAGAAAGUUUGCUAGUUUACUCUUUAUUUUGCACAAGUGCCUUCUUAUGCAUCUUAUAAAAGUAUGGUAUCGAUGCUGAUCGCAAGUAGCAUAAGCUUAAUACUAAUUCCGUCCAAAAUAAUUCCAUCGAUUCAAAGGUAGAGUUUUAGAAUUACUAUUUUUGUACUUUUAUACAUCAAUUUAUAUCCAGAAAAAUGUACCUGGGAAUCAAUUGUUAUUAAGACGUCGAAUAAGAGUCUGACUGAAUAAGCUACGUGAGCAUGAAAUUCUCUAGGAACAAGAGCAAUAAUUAUAAGAUAUUAUAGAAAGAAAGUAAGUAUUUCCAUAAAAGAAAGCUAAAUUUUCCAACUAAUGACACGUGUUGCUGGACACAUGCGCAGUAGUCCACUUUGUGCUCGUAGGAAACACUACUGGUUACUACUACUGGUCACUACUACCUAUUUUUCACUGAUUGCUUAAGUUCACUUAGUUUUAAGUAUAUGAAAGAUGAUAUUUUUUUCUUUUACAUAGGUUGAAAGCUAUCUAAAUUCUGUAUAAAAUGAGUAAAGGAUCAAGCAUCUUGUUAAUUAUUUAAGACGAUAUGACAAAAAGAAUGCAAAUUUUAAUGUUUUCUCAGCCUUGUGGCCGGUACUGUAUCUAUUUUUAAUUUAGGUUUCAUCAGGCCUUCCAAACUGUAAAACGUUUAUUAAAGACAAACUUUGGAUGGCUUUUUAUGUACGAAUUGCCAGGAAAUGUCCUUGCGUUUAUGUGUAGCUCGCCAUUGACUAGAGACUUGUUUGUACUGAGGAAAAAAAUAGCGCCCUCAGCCAACAAUACUGACGCUUCGUACCAAAGUUCUGCCCAUUUGAUGUACAGCAAGAAGACUCAAGUUAUAGUUUGACGGACAAUACUAAGGGUAUGAUUGACUUAAAGCUGAUUAAAGCUUUAAUCCGUAUUCUGCAAGAUGAGUUCGAUUUUCUACAAAGGGAUAUGCUUGUAGUCAUACAAAAAUCAUGGUCUGAAAUUAUUAGGUUAAAAAAUUUUAAUAUUCGAUUUAUAAAAUGUCAUUGUUUAUCUAUCAAUAAAAAGAGGCGAAA